AUGCAAGUUCCGGUUCUCGGCUGCACUUUCCUCACGCUGUCAGAUCGUGAGGAAAGUACUGCCGAGAACCGGCAGUUGUCAGAGCGGGGAUCGGCACCGAUCAUCAGGGCACUGAUGAUCAGUGCCCUGAUGUUCGGUGCCCAGCAGUGCCACCCGCAAGUUCCGCCCACCUGUGCCCAGCAGUAUCACCCACCUGUGCCCAGCAGAUCACCCACCUGUGCCCAGCAGUGCACCUACCUGUGCCCAGCAGUGCACCCACCUGUGCCACUCUGCAGUGUCACACACCUGUGCCCAGAAGUGCCACCUACCUGUGCCCAGCAGUGCCACCCACCUGUGCCCACCCACCUGUGCCCACCCACCAGUGCCACCCACCUGUGCCCACCCACCAGUGCCGCCCACCAGUGCCACCCACCAGUGCCACCCACCAGUGCUGCCAGUCAGUGUCACCAGUCAGUGCCCAGCGGUUGUGCCAGUCAGUGC